GAAUAAAGCAGCGAGGCAGCAGGCAAUGUCUUGAAGGGAUUAUCCAUAGUGAAUGUAUAGAACCCCUCCUUCCCAAUUACUCACACACAGCUCCGCUGGCAGGAGGAAAAACUUCUUAAGCAAACAACAGCUCCUUUAGAGGUCCGCAGCCCAAGCAUCAAGAUCCAAAUAUUGAUCAUUUUCUUCGCGUUUUUUUAAUUCUUUUUUAUUCAUUGAAUAAAGCAGUAAGACAGGUACAGCUGUGUGCAACUUGACUGAGAUGUGGUGCUGUACUUCCUUCGACUUUCUUUUUAAUUAAUAGUGUUUUUUUUUUUUUUUUUUUUUUUGGUUGUCGUAAUUAGAAUGAGACGGAUGUAGGCUACUUUUCAGUCACUGCGAGGUUUUAACGGGCUGGUUCGGUACGUUUUGAUACAUUGCAACAACAACAAAACAAAAACAAACAAGCAAACAAACAAAAACCAUGAUUUGAUGAACAAAGGUGGAUGAUUCUGAAGAGAUCUCAAACUGCAAUCACUGUACAAUCUCUCAAAACAUCUGGAAUCAGUUGCCAUUGCUGGCAUCGAUUUUUUUUACAAGACUCUUCGAAUACAUUUUUCAAGAAGCAACAUGAAGGACACGAGUUUAUACAGACACUAAAACUCAAGCAUAAAAGCAUUUGCGGUUGCCACUGACUAAUUCGAAUGAGCAGUUGACAUUUUUUGUAUUGUUUUGUAUUAUUUAAAUAUUUAAUGUGUCCUGUCUUGCUGAGUGGCUCGGAAUUCACAACUAAAGGAAGACACACACACGAGACAGGGUUGGCUCUAAUAUAGAUGCACGGGUUAGGUUUGCGGCUGAUGGAAGUUUUGCGUUGCAGAUCUGAAGAAAACACGUGUAUUUUCCACCCUUCAGCAGCUAUGCUUUUCCACGGCCUCUCCGGGGGCGAAAUGCACGGAGUCAUUGACGACAUGGACCGGCGAGUGAAAAGCGAAUCUGCGGCGAUCAGUUCGGCUAUUGACAUGGGAGAAACCGAAACGAAUAUGCCCUCUAUUAGUACCGACCGGGUCGCCCUGUGUGCUGGCUGUGGGGGGAAGAUCUCAGACCGUUAUUAUCUGCUCGCUGUAGACAAGCAGUGGCACAUGCGCUGUUUGAAGUGUUGUGAAUGUAAACUCAACCUGGAGUCUGAGCUCACCUGCUUCAGCAAGGACGGCAGCAUUUACUGCAAAGAGGACUAUUAUAGGAGGUUUUCGGUGCAAAGGUGUGCCAGAUGCCAUCUUGGAAUUUCCGCCUCGGAGAUGGUGAUGCGCGCUCGCGAUGCGGUGUACCACUUGAACUGCUUCACCUGUACCACCUGCAACAAGAUGUUGACCACCGGGGAUCACUUUGGCAUGAAGGACAACUUAGUUUACUGUCGGCUUCACUUUGAGAGCCUCAUUCAGGGGGAAUACCAAGCUCAUUUCAACCACUCGGAUAUAGCUUCUAACAAGAGUGGAGGCCUUGGGACUGGGACUGGCAACACCCUCGGGCUGCCUUAUUACAAUGGCGUGGGCACUGUCCAAAAAGGACGACCGAGGAAAAGAAAGAGCCCGGGAGCCGGAGCUGAUUUAGCGGCAUACAACGCAGCUCUGAGCUGCAAUGAGAACGAUGGGGAUCACUUAGACAGAGAUUCACAAUACACCUCUAAUCAGAAGACAAAGCGCAUGAGGACGUCUUUUAAGCACCACCAACUGCGCACCAUGAAGUCUUACUUUGCCAUUAACCACAACCCUGACGCCAAGGACUUGAAGCAGCUUGCGCAAAAAACAGGCCUUACAAAAAGAGUGCUGCAGGUUUGGUUUCAAAAUGCCAGAGCCAAAUUCAGGCGGAACCUUUUACGACAGGAAAACACGGGGGUGGAGAAAGCGUCGGACGGGUCGACACUCCCAGGAGGGACCCCUUCAGGACCGGCGUCAGACAUCUCGAACGCUUCCCUCAGCCCCGCAAGAACCCCGACUACCUUAACUGACUUAACCAAUCCUACCAUGCCAACGGUGACGUCGGUCCUGACAUCAGUGCCUGGCAGCCUGGAGCUUCACGAAUCCCGGAGCCCCUCACAAACUACCCUCACGAGUCUCUUCUGAUGUCUCUUCUAUUCGCAGUUCCUAUGGAAACAAUUUGUAGUUUUAUUCCAAGUGUAUUUUAGACCCUUUGUAUGACUGACUGACUGACAAACAGCACUAAAAGAUCUGAUUUGAGAAUCGCAGCAGCUCAUUCGUUCCGACAACAUGUUUACAGAGUGAAGAAGACUGAACCAAUGCUGGAUAUGAAAUUCAACACAACAUGUGUGUAACUGUGCAGUUUUGGGGACUGAGUAAGCCAGCUCAAUAAGUGUGCAUUUUCAAUGACUGUCAUGUGCCUUAUACAGUACACUGUCUCUAUCAACAUACUUUGGAUACUUCAUAACUUUUUCAUGGUCAAAAUUGAAUGCAGGAAAUUGAUUUCUUCUAAAUCUCUCCAAGCACUCCAGUAAAAUUUUGUUCUGCUUUUGAAUCCUUUGAUUGGAGGCUGAUCCAAUGCAAACGGAUGAUGGAGUUUACCUGGAAUUGAAUAUCUAUCUUUCUCUAGUUUCAUGGCACAAAAUUAGGAUGGACUGUAUUUGACAUAAAGAUUGAUAAAUAGAAAUGUGUUGUUGUUUUUUUUUUAGUAAUAUUGCAGUCAAGGUAACAACUGGUUGUAAAAAACAGUGAUUUAAAAAUAAAUAAAAAUCAACUGAUGAGCCGUAUUUGAAAUGUGAGGUUCUCAGAAAGGAAAGCACGUUUUUGGGGGGUGCGCAACAAUUCAAACCGUUUCCUACCGAAACGCUGUAACAUUUUUUGAGGAUCUCUUCUUUUGAAUAUGGGCCUUGACUGUUUGUAUCUCAAUGCGGGUCUAUUUUGAUUAAAACUGCAGUACAUCUAAA